AACUUUUCAUUCAUCAUUUACUUACUCAAAGAGCUGCAAAACAGAGAACAAGGAUUAAAGUUUCCUCGACGCAAUUCCUUCUGUGAUAACAGAGUUUGGACGUCUCUCCGCAUUUGGACCUCUGCUUUCUUAUCACCAGCGUAAAGCAGACAAACAGACAAUCACAAAGCGACAAAGCUCCCUCCUUCAUCUGUCAAGGAAAAGAUUCAACCAUCUCCUAAAUGGCACUGAUGAAUUUGCCAGUGGUUGGCCCGAUCUCCGUAUGUGAGAGCCUGGUAGCUGUGGUGACAGUGUGUGUGGUGUAUCUGCUGCUGCGGCUCCUGUCCACACAGAUUCCGGAGGGGCUGAAGCGGCUCCCAGGGCCGAAGCCGCUCCCCAUCAUUGGGAACGUGCUGGAGCUGAGCGCUAACCCUCACCUCAGCCUGACUGCCAUGAGCGAACGCUACGGCCCUGUCUUCCAGAUCCAGAUCGGCAUGCGCCCAGUGGUGGUACUCAGUGGAGGCGAAACCGUGCGACAGGCGCUAAUUAAGCAAGGGGAGGAAUUUUCAGGCCGGCCUGACCUGCACAGCUUCCAGUACAUCAGUGAUGGCAAGAGUCUGGCCUUCAGCACUGACCAGGCAGGGGUGUGGCGGGGCCGUCGUAAACUUGCGCUGAGCGCCCUGCGUUUCUUCUCCACCAUCGAGGGAAGCAGCUCAGAGUACUCCUGUGUACUGGAAGAGCACAUCUCCAAGGAGGGCGAGUACCUGGUGGAACGGCUCAGCACUGUCAUGAAAGCCAAUGGGACCUUUGAUCCCUUCCGUCACAUUGUGGUUUCAGUCGCCAAUGUCAUCUGUGGCAUGUGCUUUGGCCGGCGCUACAGCCACGAUGACCAAGAGCUGCUGAGCAUAGUGAACUUGAGCCAUGAAUUCAGUCAAGUUGCAAGCACAGGCAAUCCCGCAGACUUCAUCCCCUUCCUGCGAUUCCUGCCCAGUCGCACCAUGAAAGCAUUUAUGGAAAUGAAUGACCGUUUCACUUCAUUUGUGCAGAAGAUUGUCAGGGAGCACUACAUCUCCUAUGAUAAGAACAAUAUUCGUGAUAUCACUGACUCCCUCAUUGAUCACUGCGAGGACAGAAAACUGGAUGAAAACUCCAACACCCAGAUCUCUGAUGAAAAAAUUGUUGGAAUUGUUAAUGACCUCUUUGGAGCCGGAUUUGAUACUGUCAGCACGUUUUUGUCAUGGGCGGUCAUGUACUUGGUUACCUACCCUGAAAUUCAAGAGAAACUCCAUCAAGAACUAAGAGAAAAAGUGGGAAUGGAUCGCUUCCCCCGUCUCACUGACAAAUCGAAUCUACCCUUCCUGGAGGCUUUCAUAACGGAGGUCUUCCGCCACUCUUCCUUCGUGCCUUUUACCAUCCCCCACUGCACCACUAAAAAUACAUCACUCAAUGGAUUCUUCAUCCCAAAGGACACUUGUGUCUUUGUCAACCAGUGGCAAGUCAACCAUGACCCUACCGUGUGGAAAGAGCCCACUGAUUUCAGCAUAGAGCGUUUUCUCGAUGCUGAUGGCAUUAGCAUCAACAAACUGGAGGCAGAGAAAGUGAUGACGUUUGGCCUGGGCAAGAGGCGUUGCAUUGGCGAGGCCAUUGCGCGAUCCGAAGUCUUCCUCUUCCUGGCCAUCCUGCUCCAGAGGUUACGUUUCUAUCAAAAGCCAGGGCAAGCACCGGAUAUGACUCCGGAGUAUGGGCUCACCAUGAAGCACAAGCGAUGCCAGUUGAGUGCCAGCCUGAGGACAUGAGAGCAGCAGCGAGAGCCUGGGAGGGCCUGCCAAAUGCUUGCCAUGCAUUUUCUGUCAUUUGCAUUUGUUGACCCUAAAUAUUAGUGGGCACAGGCUAUUACAGAAUGGGGGUCUCACAGAGAAAAAUCUGCAUUGUCAUGCCAGUUUGGUGCCCUUUUUAGGGCAGAUAUUGAACAUGUGGCAGGGCUGUGUGUGGGGAAGCCUGCAAAGAAUGUUAAUUGAAAUGACAACCCUCAGGAAAAAUGAGCAAGUUAUUAGCAGGAAUAUAUAUCUGCUGUCUGUCAUAUACCCUCAGAUUACAUUGUGAGUAUAAGUUACCAAAACCUAAAUCCCUUUGCAACACCAGUAGAUGGCCAAGUGUCUGUGUUUUAAUACCAGACCUGGAAUUUGAUUUAUUUUUUAAGCUAAAUGGUUAUAUGUAGUGUAUAUUUUUUGAUGCUCAUUUCAUUAAAAAAUAAAUAUUACCCCAGGGCAGCAUGCAAGUGAGAGAUACCACUAGCAUGUGUCAGUGGAGAUAAAAGCUGAAGGUGUCUUCCAGUGAAAGAUAGAAUAGCUGCUAUUUAGUUAAAGCUCAGUACUUUUGAAUUUCACAAAGCAAUCUUUACUGCCCAUCAGUGUAUUAAGAAAACAUCAGGCCCCUUACAUCAUCAAGCACCUUUUUCCAUUAACUGUUGUUGUGUAUACAUAGAAUUAAUUUUGGAAAAAGAAAAUAUUUUUCAUUGAAAGAAAUGAUUACCAUCUUAUAGAUUUGUGUCGUUCAAUCUGCUGAGAGAAUGUGUUUGAUACACGCAUAAGCUAUUUUGAUAUUUUUGGUAUCUUUAAUCCCAAAAUGUGACAUAUUUUUAAUGUUGAGAAUUAUUAGUGAAGAACAACUUGUAGAUGUCUGUGCCUACACAUACUGCUAUAUGUACAAAAAAGAAAAAUAAGAGACAGAAAAACACAUUAUACACUGGAGUAUACAAUUCACCAAGGAACCUGAUGAUAUAUAUAUAAUUGUGGCUGUAUGUUUUUCUUUAAAAUGGUACUUUUUUUAGACCACCUGCCCUUUUGUUUAUUUGUAUUUAUGUCAGUCACCCUUAAAAAUGGUAAUUAUGAAGGAUGUUUCAUUCCAUUGAUAUGGAAACAGAUACACAGAUGCGAGCUAUUUUGUAAUUAAAUGAUAUUAAUUCAUGCUGGUGUAACUAUUUAUCAAUAUUGUGAAAUGUAAUGCAGUUUUUUCAUCUCUUUGCGAUCUUUUUUUUAAAUGUACAAUGUGAAUAUAAAAAGUGUCUUUGUUCUUUU